UUUUUUUAAUGCUCCCUCCAUUAAAUGUAAAGAAAAAUGUCUAUGGUCUUGUAAAUGUGUACUAGGACGAGUGAUUGUCUGUGCGUAUUUGUCAAAGAAGGGAAGGGUACUUAGAGUUUUAAGAUUUUUAUAUUUUGUUUUAUUGGAUUUUCUUUAUAUUAUUUUAAUUAAAUAGACAAUGCUCAUACAAGAUGAUGUCUGAUCAGUUUAGAAAAGUAGAGCAAUAUUCUCCGAAAUCCUCACCAAGAGGAGCGAGAUCCCCAGUGGUCUCUCGUCAGGAUUCGUCUGGAACUCUCAAGACUACCAUAUCACUCGGCAAAAAUCCAUCUAUCGUGCACAGUGGACCAUUUUAUUUGAUGAAAGAACCACCAGGAGAAUGUGAAUUAACUGGAGCAACAAAUCUGAUGGCAUACUAUGGUCUGGAGCACUCAUAUAGUAAAUUCAAUGGCAAGAAACUGAAAGAAUCUUUAUCAUCAUUUUUGCCAAAUCUUCCUGGUAUUGUUGAUGGUCCUGGGCAAGAGGAUAACAGCACCUUAGGUUCAGUUAUUGCUAAGCGACCGAUUGGAGGCAAAGAAUUGUUGCCACUUACAAGUGCACAGUUAGCUGGCUUCAGAUUGCAUCCUGGUCCAUUACCAGAACAAUAUCGCUAUGUUAGUGCUACACCACCUAAAAGACAUAAAAGUAAACACAAGAAACAUAAACAUAAAGAUGGUGCCCCCCCUGGACAAGACACUCCCUUGCAAGAUUCGUCUAAUCAAGAUUCAUAUAAAAAGACACAAAAAAAGCAGAAACGUCAUGAUGAUGAUAAAGAACGUAGAAAACGAAAAAAGGAAAAAAAGAGGAAAAAGCAAAAGCAUAGCCCUGAGCAUGGAGGACUUACCCCGAGUCAGCACCCAGUAGCUUAAAAAACCAGAGCCACUCAACUCGAUAAAGUAAUAGUAUUUACUUUGGUUUAAAUUAAAAGUAGUGACAAUAAUAAAUACAUCAAUAAUUUAUAAAUAUUAAUAAUUAUUAUCAAUUGUUGUAUUUAUUAUUUCAAACAAAAAUCUUCAUAUUCAGCUUAAGUUUUGAUAAUAUUAAGACCUAGAUAAAUGUAUACAGUAAUUAUAAUAUAAUAUUGUAAGUAAUUAUUUUCAUGUAAUUGGCUAUUAGUUCUGUUAAAUGUCAUUUUUACCCUUAAAACAGAUAAGAAACUUUUGUACCAUUGUCAUUACCAAAUUUAUUUUAUAAUGCCCCAUA